AAUGUAUCCGUUUAGCUUGACUGACAUCAUCUGACCAGACUGACAUGUUUUUUAGUGGAUUCAAUCGCUCAAACUUUGUUCAGACUGCGCGUAACGAAGAACCACAGAAUCUGCGUUAACGCAGCUCUCACAAACGCAAAAAAAUGACACUGCUCAAUGACAAUUCGCUUAUGGACUAUACUGUCUGGUUGUUUAAGUCAAAGCGAAGAAAAAGGAUCAGUAGUCAUUUUUAAUAAAAAAAAAAAAAAAAAGACCAAGAGUAACAGAAAAAUCUAAACUUUAUGGGAGAAUCAAGAAAAAACGCACCAAGCUGAGAGGUUUGCUGCGCGCGCGCGCGCGUCACGCCGGUCAUCAGGAACUCAUCCACGAGUCUAUCUGGGAUUAGAUGUGCUUCCAGUCAAAAAAACAUUCAGUGCAUGCCCGUGCACCACGAAGUCCAGUCUCUUCUUCAUCGUUCGGCUUGUGCAUCAUUUGGAAACGUUUUCUCCAUGAGCUCCAGGUCCUUGACCAGUCGCAUUUGAUCCGGAUACAAGCAGAAGAACGAUGACGAUCCACGUCGAGGGCCUCGUGGCUAUCGUGAUUUUCUAUCUCGUGAUUCUGUUUGUGGGGAUCUGGGCUGCGUGGAAGAACAAGAACUCUGGAGUCGGUGAAAGUGGAGACCGGAGUGAGAGUAUAAUGGUCGGGGGAAGAGACAUAGGAUUGUUCGUCGGCGGAUUCACAAUGACUGCCACCUGGGUGGGUGGCGGUUACAUCAACGGAACAGCAGAGUACGUUUACCUGCCAGACUAUGGCCUGGCCUGGGCACAAGCACCGUUUGGUUAUGCACUCAGCCUAGUAGUAGGCGGUCUUUUCUUUGCCAAACCGAUGCGGUCACGUGGAUACGUCACGAUGCUGGACCCCUUCCAGCAGAUGUACGGGAAAAGAAUGGGGGGUCUUCUUUUCAUCCCUGCUCUGAUGGGGGAAAUCUUCUGGUCUGCAGCCAUUCUGUCUGCAUUAGGUGCCACACUCAGUGUGAUUGUGGACAUAAACAUUGACAUUUCAGUGGUACUCUCAGCGCUGAUUGCUAUCUUCUACACUCUUGUUGGAGGACUUUACUCUGUAGCAUAUACAGAUGUAGUCCAGUUGUUCUGUAUCUUUUUGGGCUUGUGGAUCAGCGUGCCUUUUGCCCUUUCCAACCCUGUUGUGUCAGACAUCACUGUGACAGCCAACGAGAAAAUAUAUCAGUCGCCCUGGCUGGGCAAAAUCAAGCCCGAGGAUAGAUGGCUCUGGGUAGACAAUUUCUUUUUGCUGAUGUUGGGGGGGAUUCCCUGGCAGGUCUAUUUUCAACGCGUUCUCUCUGCCUCUUCAGCUACUUAUGCUCAGGUUCUUUCCUUCCUCGCCGCCUUUGGCUGCUUGGUCAUGGCCGUUCCUUCGGUCCUCAUUGGAGCUAUAGGCGCUUCAACCGACUGGAACAAAACUACCUAUGGCCCCAUUGCUCCAAAAGACAAGGAUGAUUCAGACAAGAUCCUUCCCAUUGUGCUUCAGCACCUUUGCCCGCCCUACAUCUCCUUCUUUGGACUAGGGGCGGUGUCCGCAGCAGUCAUGUCAUCCGCUGAUUCAUCGAUACUGUCGGCCAGCUCGAUGUUUGCCAGGAAUAUCUAUCAACUUGCUUUGAGGCAGUCGGCCUCAGAUCGUGAGAUCGUUUGGGUCAUGCGUGUGACCAUCUUUGUUUUUGGAGCUAUUGCCACAGCCAUGGCGUUACUGACAGGAUCCGUGUAUGGACUGUGGUACCUGAGCUCUGACCUUGUCUACGUCAUCAUUUUCCCCCAACUUCUCAGUGUGUUAUUUGUCAAGGGCACCAACACAUAUGGGUCUGUGGCAGGCUACAUCUUUGGCUUUUUGCUUCGUAUCGGUGGAGGGGAGCCCUACCUAAAACUUCCUCCAUUCAUCUAUUACCCUAAUUGGGUAAUAGAAGAGAAGAUCCACCAUCUCACUGGAAAUGUUGAGUAUUUUGUCCUGCAGAGGUUCCCCUUCAAGUCCAUGUCCAUGGUGGCGUCUUUCUUGGCGAACGUUGCCUUCUCCUACCUUGCAAAGUAUCUGUUUGAAACUGGAAUGCUGUCACACAAGUAUGACUUCCUGGAUGCUGUGGUGUCCAAGCACAGUAAGGAGAUCAUGGAUAAGGCUACACUAGUGAGCAACACAGAUAACAUCAUUUUGUCAGAGCUGGCGCCUGUCACACAAGCCAUAGGUGCAUCGAUUGCUGGGACUUUCACCAACACUGAGGCUCUCAGCGACGACGAGGGCGCCUCCAGUCCAGAGCCUUUCCACAGCAAAUGAUGGACCUCAAGGCACAAAGUAGAGUCGAAACCAAGGAAUGUGAAAGGAGCAGUACAGGAGGCAUCAGAAUUCUUCUGGAUUCUUGCUACUGCCACACCGGGAGCUACAUCAGAAAAGAACCUGCCUUGGCUUUCUAGUGAUUUCAGAAGUUGGUCAAAUUGUGGUUACUGUGUUUCUUGUUUUUUUGUCAUCCUUCUCUUUUCGAGCUUCCUUUUUUGGUAACAAGACUUCCACUCAGCUCUACCAUCACCUCCUCUGAGUCCAGAAUCACUUUGUCUUGCAAAUUAUUUUAUUUUAUUUUAUUUUCAAUGCUGCUUCUCUGGAGAAACAAUGAUAAGGUUGAGAAAGUUUAUGAAGACUUUAUUGUCAAGGGAUCAGUGCAAUAUUUAACCAAGGAACUGUGACUGUAUCAGCAAGCGCCAUUUGUGCAGUUAAUGUUCAUUCAUGGAUCUACUGCCGACACUAAAUUGGCUAAAGUCACUAAUCCUGGUAGCUUUAGCUUACUUUAAGUUGAAAAUGUGCGUAGUGAAUAAUGUAUAAUAAUACAGCAAUGCUAUUUUAAACUUGCCUUUGCCAAAUAAUGGAUCGGAUUGGCACCAGCAACUCCGUGACCUGGAAAGGGAUUCAGCGGGUUCAGAAGUUGGAUGAAUGGAUGGAUGUUUUAUGGAUAAAUCAUACAGAGCUCAAGGCCUUCGCUUGUUUUGUUUUAUCAGACCUGAGGAGGUUUUCUGAAAAAACCCUGAGUAAUCCCUCUUGUCUAAACAUUUUUAUUUAAUUAUUUUGCAAACCCAAAUAAGACUCAAUUCAAUUUAGAAAAAAACUAUUUGUAAUAACUCCUCAGAACUCUGAAGACCGAUCGCUAAGUCAGCAAAUUUUCAAAGCUCCACUAGCCAAACUUUUGACACAUCAAUUCCAUCAGGACUGUCAAAACUGAAGUACUUGUCAGUUUUUUAGCAACAUGCCUUCCUGUGAUUUGGCUGGACGGCAAAAUCUAAAUCUGACUACAUUUAUUUGACUUCCUGGUGGAAUUGCAUCAAAAGCUAAAACCCAACAUUAGAAUAACAUUUAAAAAGAAAAUCCUUGCUAAUUAUUUUUGCUAAUUAUUAUUUUUGCUACAAAGCCACUAAGUCACUAAGACCCCAAACCUUUGUAGCUAAUAGGAACAACUUGAAAUAUAGUCCUUUACAAUGAAGAAAGCUGCAUUUCCACUUUUUCUUGUUUUUGGCAUCAAAAAUAUGUUGGUGAAGUGCCAAAACAAAAUCACACGACAUGGUUCAGUUUUAGUAGAGGGACCCAGACCCCUAUAUGGAAGCGAUUCUGUUUUCAGUUUGAUAAAACUAUAUUAUGAAUGUAUAAAUGAUAAGGAAAAAACAGAGUACAGAAAAAUAAACUAAUUUAAGAAAGAAAGUAUGAUAUAAAUGGGUGCAUUUUCAAUGUUUAAAAGAUUUGAGUGGUCACCAAGGGUUUGACUUAAUGCAGAUUUAUUUGUUGAAAUGCUGACUUCUUACAAACCGGUGUUACAGCUUUACAUUACUCUCUUUACCAGUGUAUACAAAUGAUUUACAAAUGAUUUUACUUUGUUGAACAUCUACCUUUAGUCAUUCAUAGAACCCUUACUUUACCCAGACACCUUUCCUGAAUGUUGUUUCGAUCAGAAGAUCUGAGCUACUUUCUGUUUCUUUAAAUCAAUAUUCCUUUAAAAAAAAGAGGGAAGAUGUAUUUUAAAUGACACCUUUAUGAACUACGAUCAAACACAUUUUGUGUUUUCUAAAAAUUAAAAAAAGCUGUUCUUAUCCCUUUGAUAUCCAUUAAAGCAGGGAAAAAGUCCAUGAGGUGUAAAAUGCAGCCAAAGUUCUAUGUUCCAAGAUGUGGCAGCUGGUAUAAUUUCUUCCACCUCACACAAUCAACUGUUUUUGCAGUUUAUCCUGUUUUCCUGUGAAGCAAAAAGAUUUGAGUUAGAUUUGAUCUUUUCUUGCUUUUGCUUUUGCAUUUUUAACUAUAUAAAAAAAAAAUUAUAUACAUUUUUUUUCAUUUCAAACUUGUCAAAUGUUAUUCUGGAAAUUGAUUGCACAUUUACAACACAACAACACUAAUAGAAAAUUAACACAUAUGGACUGUGGAAUUUGAUUUCUAAAUCUAAAAAAAAAAAUUAAAUCCAACAAUCAUUGAAAUCAUUAUAUUUAACUAUUAAAAUAAUCAGUGCAAUUUUAACAUUGACAUUAGGGUCUGUUUAUAUAAUUACAGGUAAGUGGUUCUGGGAUACAUGUAGCUGUGCCUUUUGGUGAUUUGUUUCCUCAUCUUAAGACUGUAUUGACUGUCUAGUCCAAACAGGUUUCAGGAAAAAGGAAAAUGGUAGUUUCCUGCUGAGUGGUGUGAACAUGUCCGGUUAUUAUUGAUCCAACUGACAGCUGAUUAGCUUUCGGGACAUUUGAUUAAUGCCACCUAGACAUUUGAAGCAAGGAUCACAAAAAAAAGACCUGAAAUACAUAAACGUCCCAAAACUGUAUCGUCCUGUUAUUUUUCACAUAAGUGUUUCAUCUUCUGUUUGUCUUUAAGCUAUAUUUGCUGUGGGACAUUAAAAAAAACUCAAGAAAGGAUUUUAUGUCUAAGGUUGUGUUUUAAGAACAAAUCUGUUCAUUUCCUUUUUGAAAAAGACUUUGUGAAUGAUAAAAUUGGAACUUAGUUACAUUCAGCUGUUGGUGUAAUUACAACUGAGGAAGAACAGAAUAAUGAUAUUUUAAUUAACAUUCUAGUUUGUUGAAAUUGCAGAUGGAAAUGGUGAAACUUGGUACAAAAAGGAAAAAUACGUGUCUUGGCUUCACAUAAAGCAUUUCCAGCGGUUGAUACAUUGAGAAGGUAACAGGUUUUUCAGUGUAACACUUAGCCAUUUAUGGUUUACAUGUGGAAUUGUUACAUAAAGAAGCUUAAAAUAAAAGAAUACAUUUGAUUUCUCUGGGUAGCACCUUGUGCAUUUGGUAAAUGACAGUUUUGUUAUUGUUCAAAGUUUUAAUCGGUCCUUUUGACUGUUUUGGCUUUUAUCCAAUAUUUGUGACUACAAGUGGAAACUCAAUUACUUGUCUCUUUUUCCUGGAAUAAGAAACUUCACAUAUGUGAGAAAUGUCAGAAAUCAUGUCUGUUUUGUCUUUUGCAUUUCAGUAAAAAACUGUCUUGGAGCAAAGAACAUAAAACAAUUCAUUAAAACACUUCUUGCUUUUCCAUUUUAGGUCUUUUUUAUUGUAAACCUGUGUACAUGUAUCAUUGGUUAUGUAAUGACCAACAUGGUGGCUUUACAAAAGAGAUCCCACACUGUUCCAGCCUUUAAGUUACAGAAUUAUCUCUGUGAUCUGUGUUUAAGCCCACAUCUGACAAAGUAUGCCCCAUCACAGGAAAGACACUGACCACGCACUACCAAAAAACAAAAGCAACCUUAAAAAAAUGGCUGCUGGUCUGAUGCAGUUAGGGGCGGGGGAUGUUACUGGACUCAAACGAAAGUGUUUAUUGUUCUCUGUCUGAUUAGUGUGUAAUGCAGCUGAUCCAGAACUGUAUACCAACAGAAUAAACUUAGUGUCGGCUGUUGGAUUGACACAUUUAUAGAUCUGUCAGAAAAACAACAAUACUGUAUUUUUGUGUGAUAAAUAUACAUGAGAUCAAGAUCUACUUUUAAAUGAUGCAUUAUAAAUGAUGUUUGUCUAUUUGUUUACUCAUGCAGUGUCUAUAAGAGUAUAAAUGUAAAUGUGAAAUCAGUUGAAUAAAUAUUGUCGAUUUCACACAGCC